UGGCGCAAGUACUGGAUCGUGUCCUUCAAGACAGUCAUCUUUGCAUUUGCUGUGAUUCAAGUCAAACAAGAGCCGUUAAGACAUUUCAGUGAUGGUGAUGAACAACACUGAAGUACCCUGGAUAGAGAUGGCGUGACAUCCCUGUUUUCCGAACUGAUGCGGAUUGUAUGUGGGAUGGCGUUAAAAACGGAGGGCGGACCCUGGCAGGGCUCCAGUUUCUCUUACAGCUAAGUAACAGUUAGCCCUUUUUUUUUUUUUUUUACAAACAGACUGCUUAGUGGUUCGUCACCAUAUAGGUUUACCAUCAAAAAACAAGGGAGUGCAAACCGUUACAUUUAACACCUACGUUUUUCGUCACCUUGACAAAUUAUUUUGUCAUAAUCGUUUGUUUCCACAAAGAAUGGCUGAUUCCUCAGAAGCAAAUAGGCUGGCCAGUGCAUCUGCAAGAGGAGACUUGACAGAAGUUGAAGUCAUAUUACAAAACGGGGCAGAUGUUAACGAGAAGAAUGCGUUUGGCAGGACAGCGUUACAGGUGAUGAAACUUGGUAAUCCUGCCAUUGCUGAGGCGUUGCUGAAAGCGAACGCAGAUCCCAAUGUGCGCGACCCCCUGGGGGGGCUCACCGUGCUACACGACACAGCGCGGGACGGCUAUGCUGACACUCUGCGAGUACUAGUGGAAUACGGUGCCGAUGUCAACAUGCUGGACAAUGAAGGGAACCUGCCGUUGCAUCUUGCCGCAAGAGAAGGCAACUUAGAUGUGGUGAAGUUUCUAAUUCAACGUACGACAGAUCCCUCGCGACGGAACGUUAAAGGCAAAACUGCAUAUGAUUUGGCAACAAUGCACAAUAGGCAUUCAACUGCACAGUGGAUCGAAGAAUAUAUUAAAUCUAGAGACUGAAAAACACAUGGAGCACAUGGCUUGGUUUCGCGUUUAUUGUGGAUGAGGUGCUGAGGUCAAUAACGCUACCAUUGACGUGUUUUUGUUUGCUGUGUUUUGAGGAUUUUUUUUCCAAGCAGUGCCCUAAAAUGAUGAAGUGAAAUGUCUCCGGGAAAGUGUCAUUUUCUCCCAACACUUAAUAGUACCAUUUACCAUAAAAACGAUAGUGAAUACAAUUUACACCACAAACAAGAAAAAAAGUGGCAAGAGGUUAACAUCUCUAUGGGCAAUAGAGCUUAUCCGUGAAUGUUAAUAUUGUAGGCUACUGA